UGUCAUUCCGUUCGGAUGAGCAGGUCGGCACAUUGUGAGCGCGCUCCAUACUAUUGGACCUCUCGGCUUCCUCUAGCUGUCACCAGGCGACACCAGGGUUCCACCUAUCAUCCAGAUGUUCCAGGGGAGGGGCGGGGCCUCAGCCGAGUUGUGUUGCCUGUUUCCGUGGAGGAGUACCAAGUGGGACAGCUCUACUCAGUAGCAGAAGCCAGUAAGAAUGAAACAGGAGGAGGUGAAGGUGUGGAGGUUCUUGUAAAUGAGCCUUACGAGAAGGAUGGAGAGAAGGGGCAGUACACACACAAGAUUUACCAUUUACAAAGUAAAGUACCAACAUUUGUAAGGAUGCUGGCGCCUGAAGGGGCACUAAAUAUGCACGAGAAGGCCUGGAAUGCUUACCCUUACUGCAGGACCGUAAUUACAAAUGAAUACAUGAAGGAGGACUUUUUGAUCAAGAUUGAGACAUGGCACAAGCCAGAUCUGGGUACACAAGACAAUGUGCAUAAACUAGAACCAGAUGUGUGGAAGAAUGUGGAAGUUGUGCAAAUUGAUAUAGCAGAUAGAAAUCAGGUUCUCUCUAAGGAUUAUAAACCAGAGGAGGAUCCAGCUAAAUUUAAGUCUUUGAAGACUGGACGUGGACCCCUAACUCCUGACUGGAAGAAAACACUGGCACAACGAAAAGAUGUGCCCCAUAUGUGUGCAUACAAGCUAGUGACUGUCAAGUUCAAAUGGUGGGGCUUGCAGAACAAAGUAGAAAGCUUCAUCCAAAAGCAAGAAAGGCGGUUGUUUACAAAUUUCCAUCGACAGCUUUUCUGCUGGCUGGACAGGUGGGUGGAGUUAACAAUGGAGGACAUUCGCAGGAUGGAGGAAGAAACCAAGAAAGAGCUAGAUGAGAUGAGAGAGAAAGAUCCAGUGAAAGGCAUGGUGGCAGCAGAUGACUAGCAGUGGCAUAUUCCGUUCUUCUUGAACUUAAGUGAUGGGCGGGAAUAUCCUGUACUCCGGUCCUGAUGGAUAGCUCACUUCUAGAUCAAGUCCACUACCUGUUUUUGCAAAAGAUUUUAAUCUCCCCUGUAGUUUACUCUAGGCACCCUGUAAUAUUGUGAGCUAGUAGUCCUAUAACAAGCAAACGCUAUGAUUCUCAUACCUGCGUGAUGAAGGAGCUCACUCCUCAGGUGCAUUGUGUAUAUACUGUAUUAACAAAGCCCUCUGCUCUUAUAUUUUCAUCGUCCCCAGAGAGUCUACUGAGCAACUCUUUAGGUUUUUUUUUUUAGUUUUUUUUUUUAGUUUUUUCUUAAAACUGACAUUUAAAUUAACGUCUUGUGAUGAUUGUGAAUUGCAAAUAGUUCUGUUAUACUUAUUUGACACAUGAGUUGCUAUUGGAAACAGUGAUCUUAUUUCAUGGGGUGGUCCCAGUACAGUGAGUACCACAAUCCCAAUGUACCUACAGGACAUCUGAAGCUUUGUAUGAAAUGAAGACCUCCAUAGCAGAAGUAUAUCCUCACUGUUUUGUAUUCUUAGAUUCGAUCAGUUUGUGUCACAAUUUACAAUGAUGUAAAUAAUUGCAGACCUGAUGGUUUAUGUUCUGUAAGACAAUCCAGUUCCUCGAUUUGUUCUGCUCUUAACAUUCCAAACGUUCCUGUGUUGUAACCGUGCUGCCCAACUAACCCAACUCCCAGCAUGCUCCGCAAAAAUGAUGUGGAUUCUGUAAUUAAGAUGUAUUAUCAUAACAUAUUUUCCUAAUAUAUAUAUAUAUAUAAUCAUGUAUAUACAAUGCAGGUAAAAAGGUAUCCACAUAAGUUAGCUUCUGCUUAAUAUAGAUGGGACAUGCUGGGAUUUGUGGUUGGACAAAACAUGUACUUCCACAGGCAGAAAAGUUUUUAAGCAACAGACAGUUGUGCAAUAACCCAGAUUUGUGUUGAAUUUUGCAAAGCUUUUGACUAUUUACCUUUCCAUCCCUUUCAGUAAUUGUGUCUGAAUUGUUUCCAAAACGUCUUUACUAAGUAAAUGAUGUAGAUGUUAGCCCCGAAGAGUUAGCCAGAUGCUUUAGACUUUGUAAAAAGUAGAACUGUUUGAAAAUAGUAAAGCUGAAGAAGAAACCGUAAAGUACAACUAGGGCUGGGCGGUAUACCGGUUCAUACCGAAUACCGACAUUUUUGUGCUGCACGAUAUGAAUUUUAACCCCUACCGCAAUACCGGUUGGGCCCCUCCCCCUCGGGAAUGAAUGAACGAGCCCAGUGCUGCAUUGUCCCCAGGGGAACUAAUCACAAGUCACCCGCGAGCGCUGUUCUGCCCCCCAAUUAAUUAUCAGCCCAGCGCUGUCCCCAUCGGGGUAAAUACUGACAUGUCACCCGCAUGCACUGCUCUCCUCACUCUCAUGUUUGUUGCGGCCGCCGGCACUGAC